UUAGAGGUAGACUUACAGAGUGCUCCGUCUUCUGUGCUGCUCUCUCCUUCUGCUGCCGCCAUGUUAGGAGCUGUCGGACGCUGCUCCGCCGGGGCCCUCAAGGUCUUUAAGCCGGCCGCCGGCUCCCUGCAGCUCGGCCAGACGUUGCUGAGGACAUCUCCUGCGGCGCUGCACUCCCGGAGAGACUAUGCAGCUCAGGCAUCUACAGCUGCCAAGCCAGGCACAGCAACCGGCCGCAUUGUCGCUGUUAUCGGAGCCGUGGUGGACGUCCAGUUUGAUGGAGACCUGCCACCGAUCCUGAAUGCUCUUGAGGUCCAGGGCAGGGACACCAGGCUGGUUUUGGAAGUUGCUCAGCACUUGGGUGAGAGCACUGUCCGUACUAUUGCCAUGGAUGGUACCGAAGGUUUGGUUAGAGGACAAAGGGUCCUUGAUGCUGGCACACCAAUCAGAAUUCCUGUCGGUCCAGAGACCCUGGGAAGGAUCAUGAAUGUCAUCGGUGAACCCAUUGAUGAGAGAGGCCCUAUUACAACCAAACAGUUUGCUGCCAUCCAUGCUGAAGCGCCAGAGUUUGUUGAAAUGAGUGUUGAGCAGGAAAUUCUGGUUACAGGAAUCAAGGUGGUAGAUCUUCUUGCCCCCUAUGCCAAAGGAGGAAAAAUUGGCUUGUUUGGUGGUGCUGGUGUGGGUAAAACUGUGCUUAUUAUGGAGCUGAUCAACAAUGUGGCCAAAGCCCAUGGUGGUUACUCGGUGUUUGCUGGAGUAGGAGAACGUACCCGUGAAGGAAAUGACUUGUACCAUGAGAUGAUUGAGUCUGGUGUCAUUAACCUGAAGGACACAACAUCAAAGGUAGCGCUGGUUUAUGGCCAGAUGAAUGAACCACCAGGUGCCAGAGCUCGUGUUGCUCUGACUGGUCUGACUGUUGCUGAAUACUUCAGAGAUCAAGAGGGACAGGAUGUGCUGCUUUUCAUUGAUAACAUCUUUAGGUUUACCCAGGCUGGGUCAGAGGUGUCUGCCUUGCUGGGUCGUAUUCCCUCUGCCGUCGGCUACCAACCAACCCUGGCCACUGACAUGGGUACUAUGCAGGAGAGAAUUACAACCACAAAGAAGGGAUCUAUUACCUCUGUGCAGGCUAUCUAUGUACCUGCUGAUGACUUGACAGAUCCUGCCCCUGCCACCACAUUUGCUCACUUGGAUGCAACAACUGUGUUGUCUCGUGCCAUUGCUGAGCUUGGAAUUUAUCCUGCUGUGGAUCCCUUGGAUUCUACCUCCCGUAUCAUGGACCCUAACAUCGUGGGUCAUGAGCACUAUGAUGUAGCUCGUGGUGUCCAGAAAAUCUUGCAGGACUACAAAUCACUGCAGGAUAUCAUUGCUAUCUUGGGUAUGGAUGAAUUGUCAGAAGAAGACAAACUUACUGUAGCCAGAGCUCGCAAGAUCCAGCGUUUUCUGUCCCAGCCAUUCCAGGUUGCUGAAGUUUUUACUGGACAUAUGGGCAAACUGGUUCCACUUAAAGAGACUAUCAAGGGAUUCAAGCAAAUCCUUCAAGGAGAAUACGAUAAUUUGCCCGAACAGGCUUUCUACAUGGUAGGACCUAUUGAAGAAGCGGUAGCAAAGGCUGAGAAACUUGCAGAAGAGCACUCUUAAAGACUUGAUAAAAUGUUUCCUUGAAAGCACUCAUCCACAACACCUUCAUCCUCAGUAACGCUUUUUGCCUGUCUGCAAUGGAUCAUGUCGGCAAAAUGUAUUUAAAAUUUCCAAUAAAACAUCUGUGUAAAGACCAAA